GUCAAGCAAUAUUGGCAGAAAAGAAAAUGCCAAAAGAAACACUUGGUAUUUAUUCUGUACGAACGCCCGGGCGGAGCGCGCGCGCGUCCCUCCGAGAGACAACUUUAUUUCCGGCCGCCUGUCAGCGCGCAGCUGUCGGACCCGAGCGAGCGGCUGUGCGCGCUCGCGCUCCGUCAUUCAGGAAGUCCGCUCCAACUGACGGCACUUCGCAAAGUCAGAGACCGGACUAAAGCUCCCCGCGGAGGCAGCGCGACGACUCCCGUCCCCGCGGAACGACGACGGAACGGUGAAGACGGUGCAGCGUCAUUCGGGUCAUGGAGCGAGUCGGCAACAAGAAGACUCUGGACUCCCACUGAAGAGAGGAAGAGGACGAGACACCCGGCGCCCCUUCACACAUUUCAUGCUGGUCUAGCUGGCCAAUGCCGGGCCCGUCGCGGACAUCUGCCGGCGGCAGCAGCAGCAGCAGUGCGUGCGUGAGCGUCGUCCCCGGCGCUUAGCUCAUGUCCAGCCCAUAAUGCCGUCGUCCACGCGGAAAGGCGUGCCCAAGGACCCCGAGCUGGCCGACCUCUUCUUCAAAGACGACCCCGAGGAUGUCUUCUGUGACCUGCACGAGAUCGGACAUGGCAGCUUCGGGGCCGUCUACUUUGCCCGUAACUUGUACUCCAACGAGGUGGUGGCCAUCAAAAAGAUGUCCUACAAUGGCAAGCAGACUACCGAAAAGUGGCAGGACAUCAUCAAGGAGGUCAAGUUUUUGGGACAGCUGCGACAUCCCAACACGAUCGAGUACAAAGGCUGCUACUUGAAGGACAACACCGCCUGGCUGGUGAUGGAGUACUGCCUGGGCUCCGCAUCAGACCUACUAGAGGUUCAUAAGAAACCGCUGCAAGAGUUGGAAAUUGCUGCCAUUACCCAUGGUGCCUUGCUGGGACUGGCUUACCUACAUUCCCACAACAUGAUUCACAGAGAUGUGAAAGCUGGUAACAUCCUGCUGACCGAGCUGGGUCAGGUCAAACUGGCUGACUUUGGCUCCGCCUCCAUUGCCUCACCUGCCAACUCCUUUGUGGGAACACCUUACUGGAUGGCCCCAGAAGUGAUCCUAGCCAUGGACGAGGGCCAGUACGAGGGGAAAGUGGACAUCUGGUCGCUGGGGAUCACCUGUAUUGAGCUCGCGGAGCGCAAACCCCCCUUGUUCAACAUGAAUGCCAUGAGUGCCUUAUAUCACAUCGCACAGAACGACUCUCCCACGCUACAGUCCAACGAGUGGUCGGACCCCUUCCGGAGCUUCGUCGACUACUGCCUACUGAAAAUUCCUCAGGACAGACCCUCCUCGGGGGAGCUGCUACGACAUGAUUUUGUACGUCGGGAACGCUCGCCGCGCAUUCUCAUCGACCUCAUCCAGAGGACCAAGGAUGCGGUGCGCGAGCUGGACAACCUGCAGUACCGCAAGAUGAAGAAGAUCCUCUACCAGGAGAAGCACAACGGACCAAUGGGAGAGAGCCAGGAGGAGGAAGAGGACAGCGAGGCCGCCAGCUGUAAGAUGAACAGCCUGGGAAGCAACCACUCCAUCCCCAGCACCUCCGUCAGCACGGGCAGCCGCAGCAGCAGCGUGAACAGCAUGCAGGAGGUGCUGGACGACAGCUGCUCCGACGUGACCACCAUGCACCCGCAGGACUACAGCAGCACCCUGGAGUCGUCCCCACACACCAAGAAGAACCAUCAGUACAACUGGGAGGACGGGCUCCACAGGGACACCCUGCAAGUCAGGCGGUCCUCUUCCGACAAGAGCAGCCAGGCCCAGAACUACAAGAACCAGAGCGCCUUCGCCACCAUCAAGUCGGCCUCGCUGGUGACCAAGCAGAUCCACGAGCAUGAGCAGGAGAGCGAGCUGCGCGAGCAGAUGUCGGGCUACAAGCGCAUGCGGCGGCAGCACCAGAAGCAGCUCAUCGCGCUGGAGAACAAGCUGAAGGCCGAGAUGGACGAGCACCGGCUCAAGCUGCAGAAGGAAGUGGAGACGCAGGCCAACAACGCUUACAUCGAGCUGGAGAAGCUGCCCAAGCGCCACGCCGUGCAUUCAGAGAAGGAGAUGAAGACGGCGUUGACGGAUGAGAAGAAGUUCCAGCAGCAGAUCGUGGCCCAGCAGAAGAAGGAGCUGACCACCUUUCUGGAUAAUCAAAAGAAGCAGUACAAGCUCUGCAAGGAGAAGAUUAAGGAGGAGAUGAACGAGGACCACAGCACACCCAAGAGGGAGAAGCAGGAGCGCCUGUCCAAGCACAAGGAGAACAUGCAGCAUUCCCAGGCCGAGGAGGAGGCCCUUCUCCUCGGCCAGCAGAGGGUCUUCUACGACAGGAACUGCCGCGGCUUCAAGCGCAAAGUCAUGAUCAAGAGGCACGACUUGGAGCAGGAACAGAUCCGAGAGGAGCUGAACAAGAAGAAGACCCAGAAAGAGAUGGAGCACGCCAUGCUGAUCCGCCACGACGAGUCCAUGCAGGAGCUGGAGUACAGGCAGCUGAAGGUCCUGCAGAAGCUGCGGAUGGACCUGAUCCGCCUGCAGCACCAGACGGAGCUGGAGAACCAGAUCGAGUACAACAACCGGCGCGAGCGCGAACUCCACCGCAAGCACGUGCUGGAGCUCCGGCAGCAGCCCAAGAACCUCAAAGCGUUGGAGCUGCAGAUCAAGAAGCAGUUCCAGGACACGUGCAAGGUGCAGACCAAGCAGUACAAGGCGCUGCGGCACCACCAGAUGGAGGUGACGCCCAAGGCCGAGCACAAGACCGUGCUCAAGGCCCUGAAGGACGAGCAGACGCGCAAGCUGGCCAUCCUGGCCGAGCAGUACGAGCAGAGCAUCAACGAGAUGAUGGCCUCGCAGGCGCUGCGUCUGGACGAGGCCCAGGAAGCCGAGUGCCAGGCCCUGAGGCAGCAGCUGCAGCAGGAGAUGGAGCUGCUCAACGCCUACCAGAGCAAGAUCAAGAUGCAGACCGAGGCGCAGCACGAGCGCGAGCAGCAGAAGCUGGAGCAGAAGGUGUCGCUGCGACGGGCCCACCUGGAACAAAAGAUCGAGGAGGAGCUGGUUUCCGUCCAGAAGGAGCGGACCGACCGCAUCAAGCACCUGCUGGAGCGCCAGGAGCGGGAGAUCGACAGCUUCGACAUGGAGAGCAUGCGGCUGGGCUUCGGCAACCUGGGCACCCUCGACCUCCCCAAGGACGACUACAGAUGAGGGGCGGCUCGCCUCGGCCACGCCCCUCCCCUCACCUGACAGUGCAGGUGUUCACUGCUGCUGGAGCCCUCAGGCGAACUCACUCGGAAGCGAGGAAAAAAAAAACUAAGCAAAAAGACAAAAAAAAAUAAGUAACAGAAACGUUCUCCAGAAUGAGGUGAGAUUUCUGGUUUGUGCCCCCCCCUCUCCCCCACAGCCCCCCUCCGCACCCUGAAACCCACCUGAAAUCCGCCCCUCGUGGUGUCAACAAGAAAGAGGUGUGCUGGGUGACUUCCUGUCGACGUGUUUGUUUGUUCUGACGUAGUCACAGUGGUGUCUCGUGUGUGAAGAUGAGAGAAAACCGAGCGACAUCGAUCCACAACCACGCUUUGUUAGAGGUGAUUCCGUUUCGUUUUUAGGGGGAGGGUCAGGGGGGUCAGGGGGGUCCGAGUGAUAAAUCAAACAACUGUUCCCUCUGCAGGCGUCAGUCUGAGCUGCAUCCUUCAGCCCCAAAACCAUUUUUAUGACAAAUUUGAUACUUUGAGACACAACGAUAAUGUGCAUCCAGGUACACGUAUCAUAAAGCUGAUGGGGGGGGGGGGUUGAUUAUUGGGGGGGAUGGGGGCGAAUCCUGACACUCUACCUGGGUGGUACUGAUUACUCUGCACUGGCAGCCAAUGUGAAUAAUAAUCCACGUGAAGUCCGACUCCUGGCUAGCACAAGGGCUUCAUGGGGGGGAGUCGGAGAAGGUGGGGGGGAGGACUCGUACUUUGUGUAUAGAAGGAUUUAUGGAGAGCUUUUACUUAUUUUCGUAUUGUAUUUUAACUGUCACGCAAAUCAAAAAAUAAUUUCUAAAGCUGAAUUUUUUCCCUCCCCCCUCCUCAUAGUAUUUGAGGUUCAGUCGUGUAUCAAUGGGGUUCUCAUCUGAUUAUUAAUUUGGGGCUUUACACAACUGUGUAUUUUCUUAUCAACCAGAACAGUAUGAUGCUUUAUUAUUGCAUGCACUUUAAUUUUUUUCCAGGUUAAAAGAAAGCAUGAAUCUGUCAGAGCUUUUAAUUAUAUUUGUAAAUAAAGUGCUCAUCACACAAA